UUCAAAAUGGCGUCUUCUACAAAGACGAAGCAUGGUGAUAUUGACUGGCUUUAUCCUGAAUUACUGACCAAAGAUGGACUUCUGUAUAUACUUGAGCAGAGGUACAUCAAGAUCCCAGACCUGCAGAGUCUGGACAAGGAAGAACUCCUCCAGCUCUACUACAAGUACAUCCUGCCACUCCCCCAACGCCGCUACCGCCAGAACCGUCGUGGACGUGACCUCACCAAGAAACAGGUCCUUAUGGCCAAGAAGAGACGCAUCACAGCACCUGACAUGGAGGAACCUCCUCUAAAAAAACAGAACAUGGAUGGGUCAGAUUCCUCGUCUUCUCGUUUCUUGACAUCCUUCAGUGAUCCUAGCAAGGGAGGCGGUGACCGUCUGAAGCCGCCGCCAUCUUGUAUUGAUACGAGUAGGAAGGUAAUCAAACUCGGGUCAGGGUCCAAGUCCACCACGCCAGCUUCCCCAACCAAGUCAACAUCUCAAGACGUUUCCACUCUGUCCAAGAAGAUUGUGAAAAUCACAAUGUCUGCCACAUCAGAUUCUGAAGAAAAGAAACAAAGUAGAAAUAGUACUAUUAAGUUAAUUAACAAACAUUUAGAGUCCCCGAGUCAGGGGAAGCUCUCAAAGGUGGAGGAGAACGGAGAUGUUGAAAUGAAGGAUGUACAGGAGGAUAAAACCAAGGUGGCGCCUGACUCGCCAGUGUUGGAAGAAACGCCAAACAAGAAAAGCAAGUUAAAGCGGAUAUCCUGGCCCUAGCUGUCAUCGUGUAUUGUGUGUGUAUGUUCCGGCACCAGAUUCCUGGCUGAAGACCUCACAGUACAGACCAUGUGUGUUUGAUGGUGUGCCAGCUGCAGUUGUCAUGGUUACACAGUGUAAGGAGUUUGAUGGUGUGUCAGCUGCAGUUGUCAUGGUUACACAGUGUAAGGAGUUUGAUGGUGUACCCAGCUCCAGUUGUCAUGGUUACCAUUUCAUGAUGGACCUGAAUCCAGGUGUUGCAAUGGUUACUCAGUUUGUACUGGUUCUACAACCAUGUAAGUAUGAUGAAGGUCAAACAUGAUGGUAUUUCUACAAGAUGCAAUCUGUGCCAAAACAUGACUGGCCCAAACUUGGCUUUAUUUUCAGUUGAGUGUGAAAAUGGUUAAGUGUUCAUCUCUGGUUGACUUUGAUGUGGUUGAGUAUAACAUGGAAUGUUCCAACGCCGUCAGCCACAUUCACGGGUUUCCCUUGCUCAGACCCAAUGAUCCUGAAGCCAGGACAGCUGGAAUGUCACAGACUGCCACAAACCAACAGUCACUCACUCAUCCUGCUGUGGUAUUUAUGAUAUUUACAGGUACUGACUGUUUCAGAUGUCAAUUUGGGCAAAUGUAGAGAAAUGAGUUUUAAACCUCUUGUCACCUACAUCAUUGCACGUGGAACAUUUCACACAAAAAUGACGUAAACUAGUUAUGAUGACGCGGGUAUCGCAAUAUGUGAGGUAAGCAUAUCGUGACAUAUCUGGGAUAAGUGGAAAGGAAAUGUCACUUGUCCCUCCUGAAUUUUACUCAUCUUGGACGGAAAACUUUAAUUUCAAACCGUGACCUUUAGUUCGGUUCUUGGAACAUUAUGGGCCCAGUAUACAUGUGACAUUAAUAAUCCCUUCCAGAAUGCUACUGCCUGACUAGUCUCACCAUGGAUGUACUCCUGCAGCUGUGUGUUGACGGUGCUUGUUCUGGGGACACUGCUCAGUCCCUGACUAGUCUCACUAUGGAUGUACUCCUGCAGCUGUCUGCUGAUGGGGCUUGUACUGGGGACACUGCUCAGUCCCUGACUAGUCUCACUAUGGAUGUACUCCUGCAGCUGUCUGCUGAUGGGGCUUGUACUGGGGACACUGCUCAGUCCCUGACUAGUCUCACUAUGGAUGUACUCCUGCAGCUGUCUGCUGAUGGGGCUUGUACUGGGGACACUGCUCAGUCCCUGACUAGUCUCACUAUGGAUGUACUCCUGCAGCUGUCUGCUGAUGGGGCUUGUACUGGGGACACUGCUCAGUCCCUGACUAGUCUCACCAUGGAUGUACUCCUGCAGCUGUGUGCUGAUGGGGCUUGUACUGGGGACACUGCUCAGUCCACGUUUAUUAUCCAAACAACAUUUAGUGUCUGCUAAGUCUAUCAAUCUAGUGCAAUAUUGUGAAAUGCAAGCCGGUUUACCGUAUUUACCCUAUUAAGUGCUCUGCUGUAAUAAGCACCUCAUCACUCACUCACUCACUCACUCACUCAAUCAGUGGCAACAAAUGUAAUUAAAUGAUGUAUGGCUUCAAUAAGUUUCCCCUCUUUGCCAUUUUUCUAAGCUCCAUGUGUAACAAAUAAGCAGGAGAAAUGUGUGAGAAUUGGUGGGAAAGCUGUUCAAAGGAGAUAACCACAGAUAGCUUAAUUACUUUCAGCUGAUUGGUCCGUUUUUACAUGUUCAAACGUAUUUAAAUGUAUAGAUUUUCAAGAUCCAAAAGAGAUUGAUAGUUGGUUUUAUUCACAUCGGCAGUUAUUGGUUGGUGGUGUACCUGUUGGUUGGUGGUGUACCUGUUGGCAUGGUUGGUAACCACAAGGGAGCACAAUUCUGUCAUGUGACCUAUAUCCUGGCACAGCUGACAAGCCUUGACACCCUGGCCUGUGAAUAUCACCCUGUAAAGGUCUGUGUCCACCUUACUCCAAUCCCCUUUCCAGUUCUGUUGCUCGAGUAGGGCUGCUGCUUUAGCCGAAAACUUGCAACGACACAUCUCCAGGAUGAGAGACGGACGGAUGGACGGACACACACACACACUAACACACACACUAACACACACACACACACACACACACACACAAACACACACACACACACCGGUAUGCCAUAAGUAUUUAUAAAUACACAAUUUAUUUUAAACUUUACAAUUUCCUCUUAGCUUGUCUGAUGGAACUUUCUUCCAAGGAUGACAGGUUAUCUGACAACUUGGAGAUAUUGUCAUGUAGAGAUUUAUAUUUCUUGUUUAUGGAUAGGUUUUCUGUCUUCCUUUUUCUGACCUUCUUCAAGGCCAUGUAUUUGGAACAGAGCUUCUUUAAUCUUGUUUGACAAGUCCAUAUUUACUGCUUUAAGAGUAUGGUUAGAUUGGUAGAGCUGUCUUCUAGGCACUGCUGUGGACAGCUUGUGCUGGAUGAGCCGUGUGUCUUGAUUAAUGAAGGAUUCUUUUAGAGACAGUACAUAUUGAUGAGAGGUCAAUAUUGAACCCACAUCAGUACCACUUUCCUUCUUUGGGGAGGUUUUGUUUUUCCCAGUGUUUGUUUAGAUGGAGCUUGAGUUGUAUGGAUAACCUGAUCACUAGUUGAGAUCUUUGGGAGAUUUAUGUUGCUUGGUUAUGGAUAAAUUGUCUUCAGCUUUUUUCUUCUUCUAGAUGUUGUAUUCUUAGCAUAGCUUCUUCACUCUUGUUUGACAAUUCUGUUUUUACCGCUGUAAGUGUAAUGUUAAAUUGGGAGAGUUGUCUUUUACGCACUGCUUGUGGAUAGCUUGUGCUGGUCGAGCCUUGUCUCCUGAUUAAUGAAGGAUACUUUUAGUGAUUGUACAGAUUGAUGAGAGGUCAAUAUUGAACACUACUCAGUAACAAUUUCUUUUUGGAAUGUGUUCUGUUUGGCAAGUGUUUCUUCAGCUGUGACCUUGGUGCAAGGUUAACCCAGGCACGAGCUGAAUCUGUAUCACUCUCGGAGGCAGUCUCUUUGACUUAAGAGAUAAAUUCUUUAAGAUUUACGUGAUGUUAUGCUAAACAGAUGUUCGGAAAUUUUAUUUGAACACGAUUCUAUUAGGCGGAGUGUUCAAAUGAAAGAUUUCCGAUCCAGUCAGCAUAACAUCACACAAAUCUCAUCAAACAAAAUUUGUAUCGACUUUGUAACAUGAACAUUAUUUAAAAUCGAUAUUUAGGAGGAACGAAUUUACUGAGCACAUGACAAAACAAAACUGUCAUGAGCAAAACGUCUCCUCGUGCUUACCUUUGGCAACAUGCAUUUUAUCGGGUGCCGCGAAACCAAUCAAGGCACUCCAAUAAUAAUGGUUAAUUUUACUAAAGAGGUGGUCACAUUUUCAUGCCCAUUUUUCAGAAAAAAAUAACAACAAACAUCAUAAAUUCAAUUCUUUAUCACAGUCCUUCUUCUCACUUGUAAUUUGUAGUAUGCAUAUCUUUGAUGUACAAAUAAUCAAAAACAGAAAAUACAAGUUGAAGUCGCCUGAAACUGAGGUGGUGACAAGCGGCUUCAAACAUGUGAUCUCUUAGACAUGCAGUUUAGCUGGGAUGGAGAAAGUUGUUUACUGUUACAGUGGAAUUGCAUAUGUGAAAGAGACCAUGGGAAUUAGCAGAAGAAUUAACUUGGAAGUUAUUCACAGGAGCAGUGCACAGUGGCAGGAUAAUUCUAUCAUGGACAAGGACCCAACUACGAUCGUUAUAGUGCUGCUGCUGUUCCUGAAGAAUGCUUGAAUAGUGUCGUCUCUGAGCCGAGCUCGAGUCAGUGGAAUCUCACAAUUUUCACUACCUGCGUUUGAGAGCAAAGUGGAAGUGACAUCCUUACUCGGAUAGGCAACCUUGUGUCUUGACUUCUUCUCUUGUGAGUGACGUUAUAUCAAACACAAGCAUCCAUUUCACAUCCUUACUUGUGUAAUAGGCGCCCUCUAGCGGGCUGCCCAGUGACAGGAUUGCAAUCGGAGAGUACUAAGUUCGAACCCUGUUCAUAUAAUUUCGGACUUUGCGUUGUGUUCUACUGUGAUCAGUCAUGAACAGUGUACUCUCUCGAGGUUCUAUGGUUGGUCAAGUUCUCAACUUUGCCAAAACAAAACUAAGACAAAAUCAUAAAUUAAAUGAUUUAUUAAACUUAACAAAAUGUACAAAUUAACAAUAAAUCAGAAAAAUACAAAAAGAAAGCACUCACACACAAUUGAACUUUUACUAUUAGCCUAAAUUUCUUUAUCCUUAACUGCCUAAUUUAUCCUAUUUUCUCCUACACCUACUUCUCCCCCACACCACUAUUCCAAUAACUAUACUAAAUAAAUACCUUACAAAACCUACAUUUUAACUUAUUUCUUACUUUCCAACCUACCUAAAUCCUUAUUUCUACAUAUUUUUCCUACAACUAAUUUUCCCCCACCCUACUACCACAUAAAAUAAACCUACACCUAAAACUAGUCUAUUUGGGCUAUUUUUAGCCCAACUACCACGUACCUCCCCCCUUAAGAUCAAAAUUACCCAAUUUUGUCCCAAAAUGCUGCUUUCUUUAACACAACGCUUUCAUACUUACAGAUAAAUAACAACAACAGAUCAGCAGAAAAACAACAAAAAGAAACAUCCACAACAACAGAUUCAGUCGGAGUCCAAGUUGUUUAUGGCUUCCAGCUCCUCUUCCUCCCGUUCCUCCCAAGAUCUCCUCCUUGACGGCAGCCAGUGUCUCCUGCGCUGUGCAGUUCCCUGAGAGAUAUCCGGCUGGCUGACAAACAUGCUGCUCCAUGGGACGAAGACGAUCCAGAGACGGAGGUCGGCGUUCCUGCUGUCCUUCGCCGCGGCAACAUCACUGAGCCAGGACUCAAAAAACUAGAAUUCGGUAACCGGACUGCCUGUACUUCUCCCGAAGGAUGAAUCUUGAGGUGUCGUCUACAUGAGCUGGACUGGUGGCGGAGGAUGUCCUCCUUAUGCCGGGCCAACCAGUGGUCUAGAUAGUCCCCAUACUUCUUAAAAACUCUGCUGAUGCAUCCUGGGACUUAACAACGCAUCCCCUCCUCUGUCCAUAAUGGCCGAUCCUGAUCCAUAAAGUCCUUCAACUCCUCUGGGUCGACAUUGACUUCAAACGUGUCCAUCCUAAAACAAGUGGAAGAUAACUUCCAAGGAAUCGAUGUCGCCCUACAAACAUUCUUUUUAUUUCUUAUGUUUAAAACCAACACCCAACUUUAAAAAAACAACAAAUACAACAUAAAUCAAGAGAUAUAAUUUAUUUUAGAAAAUAACGAAGCAUAACAACAAGACUUAUUAAAAUCGGACGCGAUAAUCAGAGAUUUUACAAAUCUCCUAACACCUACGGGGAAAACAUUUUCCUUUGCUUUACAGCCCUCCCUACUCUAGUUCUAACUGGUGGUGGAGAUAGACUACACUCAACGCCAUCCCCCUCUUCCUGCACAAUAGAUUCAUCUGUUGACUCUGGAGCAGAUUCAGUAGACAAAGAUAACUCUGUCCUUGGCCUAUCAGAAUGUAACCAAUUCUGGGGUGUAUCAGUACCAUGGAAAGGUUUAAGAUGAUCCACAUGCACAUCGACAAUAGGACUACUACUGCUUUUCUUUGGUAGGUUAAGUCUGAAACGUAACCAACUACAAGAUAAGGACCAUCCCAACCUAAUCCCAACUUUUGAUUUGCCUUUGGAAGAUACCACCAUCAGACUAACUCCCCCAUUUCAAAAGACCUCUUUAAGCCCUGUCCAUAAUUCCGUUUUUGAGCUGCAGCCGCAACUCCUAACCAUUCAGAGGCAAAUUGGAAGACUUUCUGCAUGGUUUCCUGUAACCACUUGACAUAAGCAACUGGACAUUGUUGAACCUGAACUCCAGGUGGAUUCUCCACCAUGACAUCUAUCGGUACCCUUAUCUCACGAUCUAACAUCAUCAGAUUUGGAGAACAAUGUGUGCUUUUAUGUUCGCUGCAACGGUAUGCCAUGAGAAGAUAUGGAAGGUGAACUCGCCAAUCCAAAGGUUCUUGCUGGAUAUAAAUGGAUAGCAUUUGCUUAAGCGUACGAUUAAAACGUUCUAUCAUCCCAUCGGAUUGGGGUCGGUACGGUGUAGUUCUGGUCUUUUCUAUUCCCAACAAUGCACAGAUUUCUCCAAACAGAUUGGACUCGGCAUUUUGAUGUUUGGUGCCCGCUCGAUACUGGAUUUCAAAACUAUAUGUCUCAAUGAUACUUACCCAUCUAACCAAAACCAUCUUGCCAAAAUUCCUUCAGGAUCCCUGAAGUUUUUCAACCAUAUCAGUGGAGCAUGAUCUGUUCGUAUCAGGAAUUUUCGACCAUACAAGUAGUGUCGAAAUGAUUUCAGAAAAGUGACUACUGCUAACAAUUCUCGCUUGGUGGUGAUAUAAUUUCUUUGUGCAGGACCAAGAGUUUUACUGGCAUAAGCUAAGACCUUUUCUUUCCCAUUCUGCACUUGUGAGAGAACAGCUCCCAUACUGUAUGCACUAGCAUCCGUAUCAAGUAUAAACAGACCUUCAUCCUGAGGAAAUGCCCGUACUGGAGCAUCUAAUAAACAUUGUUUCAACUGACAAAAAGCACUAUCACAUUCCUCAGUCCAAAUGAAAGGAACACCCUUCCGUGUUAGCUUUUCCUUUGAAUAGACUAUCUCCAAGAACUUUGGUACAAAGUGUCGAUAAUAACCAACGAGUCCUAGUAAGCUGCGGACCUCUGUCCGGUUUCAGGUUUUGGCCAGGUAUUGACAGAACUAGUCUUUUCAGGAUUACAUCUUAUCCCUUCUGCUGAAACUAUAUGUCCCCAAAAUGGAACUUCAGUUUGAAAGAGUGUACACUUCUUGGGUUUGAGUUUCAAAUUUGCUAGCCGUAACUGCGUAAAUACCAUCUUUAGAUUUUCCAAUGCACUACCAAAAUCUGGGCCAAAGAUGAUCACGUCAUCCAGAUAGCAAAGACAUUUCUUCCACCUUAAUUUUCCUAACACUCUAUCCAUAAGCCUUUCAAUUGUAGCCGGUGCAUUUGUUAACCCAAAAGGCAUGACAUUGAAAUGGUAUAAUCCUACAUGUGUAGCAAAAGCAGUUUUGUCUUUAUCUCUAGGAUCCAUCUUUACCUGCCAAUAUCCCCUUGCUACAUCCAAAGUGCUGAACCACUUAGCACCCCCAACGUUUUUGUAUGAUAAAUGACCACCCCAACGGGGUCUCACCCUCUACCGGCGACGCACGCCAAGGGGAGCAACUAUCACCCAAAUCACUUUUCCUCAUGUCAUCUGGCUGACCACACACAAGUUGCAGACACAAUACUGGCUUCGCAGAGGGAUUCAACAAACGUUAAAUAUGACGAUAGAUGGGCCUGCUAUGCGCGCUGGUGUGUCAAUAGAGGGCUUGCAGAUCCCUUUUCUGCAGAUCUAGUCGCAGUGUUAGAGUUCCUCCAGUCACGACUUGAUGCCAGCCUUGCCGCAUCGACAGUCAGGGGGUACUCGACAGCCAUUGUGGCCUUUCACAUCCCUAUCGACGGGGCACUUCUGGGUGCGUUCCCUUAAGUGCAGCGCUUUUUGGCAGGCGUGGACAGGAUCCGACCGAUCAAUCCUCCUUGGGACUUGUCAAUCGUUCUUGAUUGGCUGUCCGGUCCUUCCUUUCGGGAUCUGUCGUCUCUCUCCCUUCAGCUGUUGAGUUGGAAGGCAGCGUUCCUUGUGGCAGUGACGUCAGGUAGACGGGUAGGCGACAUUGACGCAAUGUCCCCCGAUCCCGAGCUGACUGUCUUUCACAGGGACAGAGUCAGUAUUCGCCUACCGGACUCUUACCGUCCCAAGGUCACACACGCUUUCCACGUGACGGCUCCUAUCGAGCUACCUGCUCUUUCACAGCCUUCCUCGUCGGGGACCUCUGCAAGACAUGCUCAUGUUUUGGAUGUCCGCAAGAUUCUCAAGGUUUAUAUCAGCAAGACUAAGGAUAUCAAUUAUUCUGCUUUUACGGCGGUAGGAAGGCUGGCUCCCCUGCGAGCAAACAGUCUAUCUCGCGGUGGAUUGUUUCUACAAUUUGUUCGGCAUAUACGAACAAAGGGAGGGACCCCCCUGAGGGGUUGAAGGCUCAUUCGGUUAGGGCAGUGGCUACGUCAAAAGCGUAUGCCGCAGCUCUGCCCAUUGAGGAGAUCUGCUCCGCGGCUAUUUGGAGCUGGCCGAGCACGUUCAUCAAACAUUACCAAAUCGAUAAACGUUCUAGGGAGCGUGCUCGGUUUGGUCAGUCAGUUCUCCACACUGGACAGAGUUCUACAUCUCUAGCCGAUUGAGUCUUUGAGAUUUUAGAAUGUCCUCCGGUUUUCUUGGCUCCUCUCUUCUCUCCGAGACUGACGAUUCUUGGGUAGGCAUUACUAAUCGAUAAAGCACUUGUUUUGCGCACGGCACUCGCUCCUACAGGACCCUAUAGCCUGCCUAGCUAGCAGGCGUAUUGUCCCUCGCGAUUGUUGUCCCCAUUAUCACUUGUACAAAAGUGUGUGUGGGGGGGGGGGGGGGGGGAG